UCAUCCAGCUGUGUGUAAUACGUUUCCUGAUUUGUUGAAGCGACUAGUAGUACAUUUUGAAAAUCCUUGUUGAGCAAAGCAAAGAUUGUACAAAUAUUUGUUUUUAAUCAUCUAGCUAGUUUGAAUACGUUUUUAUGGCUGGAUCAUGGGGACCAAGCAAAGCCUUCCUGCAACGCAGGAAGAAGAGGGCCAGCAGCAGACGCUGGGCUGUUAUGAGUAAAAGGCUCCAAGAAACACCUAAGCCCAUCAUCACACCUGCAAUCACACAACUUGGAAAUUGUGACCCAAUCACCCAAACCAGUCCAGUUCCUUUGCUAGGUGUCAGAGGGUUGCUGCUGGCAUUUGGAAGAGUAUGCCAAAUCUGGAGGAACUGCCUGAGCCAGUCAUUUGCUGGAUUCUUGAAAACAUUUUUCUUCUGGCGGGGGUAUGCCAAACAAUUAGAGACCCUCCAGAAUCAAAUGGCUGAGCUGCAGAGGGAGAUGGAUGCCUUGCAUUCUGCUCUUCAGCAGAGGGGUAACACUGCAUGCCACUGCCAUGGGACUGUGGCUGGUGGUUUAGUCCGUCCAAUGUUCCCUACUCCUCCCCCUCUUCCGUUGGGCUGUGGGUCCAGUGCAGACCCUCUCCCUGCUCUCACACCACCAGCCCCACCACCUCCACCACCACCUCCUCCUCCCCCCCCAUCUACCACUUUUCUGCAACCCUACAUCCCUAAAAAAAGAGUGGCCUCCAAUGCUCAACAGAGCUCCAAGGAGAAGCAGGACAUACUGGUGGCCGUGACCCUCAAGGAUUUACAGACUGUUAAACUGAGAAAGGUCGUUGUCAGCAGUGUGAAAUCAAAGAGGACUCCAGAGAAGAUACGUACCCCUCUGGUCACUGUGGCAGACCUGCAGAAUGUCCGUCUGAAACGAUCCCACUGCCAACUGCUCCCUAAGCUCCCCAAAUGCCUUAGCGCUGGCAGAACACCUUCUAAAAACCCCAUGAGUUUGCGUACACAGCUGAAGAGGGUUCAAAUCAAUAGGAGUCCUGGUGGUACUCCUCUGUUUGACAAGGAGAAUAUGGAGGCAGGCACUGGCCUCACCCCCAUCAUGACUCAGGCUCUGCAACGCAAGUUCCAGAGUGCUUUACCACGAGGACCGUCUCCAAAGGCAAAGAAUUGCAAUGGAAGCUUUGAUAAUCAAAACUGAGACAUUUGUUGAUAAAUACACAGAUGUUGAUCCAGACGAGUUGAAAUGUAACAGUGAAAAGCAGCUGUCCUGAUUUUUUUUAAAGUGAGUGUUGUAUGCAAGCUAUGGAUGUAACUAUUGGCGCAAUGCACAUUUACUAGCGCAUUCUGCUUUCCUUUGCUGGAUGGGUUACAUAAUGCUUUCCAUUGCUGAAUGGUUUAUUAAGUGCUAGGGAGGUUGAGGAUGAAAAGAGAAAACACUUGUGUCUUGAAUCACUUUUAAAAUGAACAUAAAUUCUGAAAGCAAGCAGUUUCUGUGAAAGCUGCUUUUACAGAACAGUCCUGUCAAUUCAUUGAAUGACAGAUGAGGACUUGCCUUAACUGCCCCUCUGUAUCAGACAUAGGAUUGGUCAAUCCCGACACUGCUUCUUGGAACAGUGACAUCAAGGAGGAUGGUAAGUGAGCCAUACUGAGAUUUAAAAGGCAGUAGUUGAGAUACUCUGUACAUGUUGAGGAAACUCAAUCUAUGACGAGUUACUUCAACUGAGUGAGAUGCAUCAAAUGUUUUUAACGUGGGUUCAGUUAGUCGUCAUUUUAUGAGGAAGUAAAUGUAUCUGAGGGACUUUGUUUGGAAAUUGCUCAUUGACUACAUUUUUAGUCAUUUAGCAGACACUCUUAUCCAGAGCGACUUACAGUAGUGAAUGCAUACAUUUCAUUUCAUGCAUUAUUUUAUUUUUUAUUUUUUUUGUACUGGCCCCCCGUGGGAAUCGAACCCACAACCCUGGCGUUGCACACACCAUGCUUGCGUUGCAAAUACCAUGCUCUACCAACUGAGCCACAGGGAAGACUAGAGACCCAAUAUGUUUGUGCCCCUAUAUUGUGUUUUGAUCUUUGUUUAUAUAACUUUUUUCUAAAAUCUUAUUGCAUGAUAUUUUAAUUUGCUACUGUAACCAAAUAAAAUGUAUUACAUUUUUAA